AUGUGGGAAAGCCUUCAUGUGGAAGAGCCAACUUAAUAAACACAAGAGAAUUCACAGUGGAGAGAAACCCUUUGAAUCUGAUAACUGUAUAAAAACUUUUAGCCUGGGAGUAAUCCUUGCUGAACAAGAGAGGAUUCAUGUGGAAGAAAAACGAUUUGAAUGUAAUGAAUGUGAGAAAGCCUUUAAAUGGAGGUAUAAACUUACUGCACAUCAGAGAAUUCAUACUGGAGAGCAUCCCUUUGAAUGUAACAAAUGCAGGAAAGCCUUCCGUGAGAAAUCUUGCCUUACUCUACAUCAGAGAAUUCAUACUGGAGAGCAACAUUUUGAAUGUGAUGAAUGUGGAAAAAACUUCAGACAGAGGUCAUCACUUAUUUCACAUCAGAGAAUUCACACUGGAGAAAAUCCCUUUGAGUGUAAUGAAUGUGGGAAAACCUUUAUGUGGAAGGGUCAAUUUAACAAACACAAGAAGAUUCCAAAUGGAAAGAAAUCCUUUGAAUGUAAUGUGUGCAGGAAAGUCUUCCAUGACAAAUCUCACUUUACAGCACAUCAGAGAAAUCAUACUGGAGAAAAGCCCUUUGAGUGUAGUGAAUGUGAGAAAAACUUUAGCCAGAGGUCAUCACUCAUUUCACAUCAGAGAAAUCAUAUUACAAAGAAACCCUUUGAAUGUAAUGAAUGUAGAAAAGCCUUCCGUGACAAGUCCCACCUUACUAUACAUCAGAGAGUUCAUACAGGAGAGAAACCCUUUGAGUGUAAUGAAUGUGGGAAAACGUUUAGCCAAAGGUCAUCACUUAGUUCACAUCAGAGAAUUCACACUGGAGAGAAGCCCUUUGAGUGUAAUGAAUGUGGGAAAGCCUUUAGGGACAAAUCUCAUCUUACUGUACAUCAGAGAAUUCAUACUGGAGAGAAACCCUUUGAAUGUAAAGAAUGUGGCAAAAACUUCAGCUUGAGAUCAUCACUUAGUUCACACCAGAGAAUUCACGCUGGAAAGAAACCUUUUGAAUGUAAUGAAUGCACAAAAGCCUUCAGAGACAAAUUUCACCUUGUUGAACAUCAGAGAAUUCAUACAGGAGAGAAACCUUUUGAGUGUAUUGAAUGUGGCAAAACCUUUCACAACAAGAAAACUUUUAUGUCAAAAAGUCAACUGAAUAAACACGAGAGAAUUCACACUGGUGAGAAACCCUUUGAAUGUAAUAACUGUGGGAAAGCCUUUACCCGAAAGGACCACCUUACUGAACAUCAGAGGAUUCAUACGGGAGAGAAACCCUUUGAGUGUACUGAAUGUGGGAAAAACUUUGGCCAAAGGAAAUCACUUACUUUCCAUCAGAGAAUCCAUUCUGGAAAAAAACCCUUUGGGUGUACUGAAUGUGGGAAAAAUUUCAAUUAUAAGAAGUCCUUUCUUUUCCACCAGAGAACUCAUACUGGAGAAAAACCCUUCAGAUGUAAUGAAUGUGAGAAAGCCUUCCACAACAAAGCUCAACUUACUGUACAUAAGAGAAUUCAUACUGGGGACAAAUCCUUAGAAUGUAAUGAAUGUGGAAAAUCCUUCCAUAACAAAUCUCAGCUUGUUGUUCAUCAAAGAAUUCAUACUGGAGAGAAACCCUUUGAGUGCCAUGAAUGUGGGAAAGCAUUCUACAACAAAUCUCAGCUUACUGUACAUCAGAGAAUUCACAAUGGAGAGAAACCCUUUAAGUGUAAUGAAUGUGAAAAAGCCUUUUACCACAAAUCUCAGCUUGUUGUACAUCAAAGAACUCAUACUGGAGAGAAACCCUUUGAGUGUAAUCAAUGUGGAAAAGCUUUCUACAACAGAUCUCAGCUUACUGUACACCAGAGAAUUCACACUGGGGAGAAACCCUAUGCAUGUAGUGAAUGUGGGAAAAGCUUUAGCCAUAGAAAAUCAUUUGUUUUCCAUUUGAGAAUUCAUACUGGAGAGAAACCCUAUAAAUGUAAUGAAUGUGGGAAAGCUUUCCACAACAAAUCUCACCUUACUGUACAUCAGAGAAUUCAUACUGGAGAGAAACCCUAUGAGUGUAAUGAAUGUGGGAAAAAAUUUAGUCUGAGGUCAUCACUUAUUAAGCACCUGAGAAUUCACACUGGAGAAAAACCCUUUCAUUGUAAUGAAUGUGGGAAAAACUUCAGCCGGAGGUCAUCACUUACUUCACAUCAAAAGAUUCAUACUGGAGAAAAACCCUUUGAGUGUAAUGAAUGUGGAAAAAACUUCAACCAGAGGUCAUCACUGGUUUCACAUCAGAGAACUCACACUGGAGAGAAACCCUUUGAGUGCAAUGAAUGUGGGAAAAACUUCACCCGGAGGUCAUUACUUGGCAAACACAAAAUCAUUCAUACAGGAGUGAAAUCUAGUUAAAAUAAUAAAUAUAGGAAAGCUUUGCCAUGCAGAAUUAAUAAAUGAGAAUUCGUGCUGGAGGGUAAGCUAGAAACCCUUGAAAUAGAGCUCAUACUUGACUUGUUAUCAGAGAACUCAUGUUUGAGAGAAAUUACAUAGAAGCAAUUAAUGCAGAAAUACAUUCAGCCACAAAGGACACCUUACUGAACAGUAGAGAGUGUGCAGUGAGAAACUCUCUAAGUGUAAUAAAAUGCAGAAAAGUCUUUGGCAUUAAUGGAACACUUAGGAAGAAUCAGAGAAUUCAUGCAGAAGAAAAAGUUGUGAAUACUAUAACCAUGGGAAGAUCUUCAUCAUGUGUCAUUCAUCCCUUAUUUAAUAUCAUAGACCUUAUGCUGGAGAUGAAUUGCAGCAAUGUAAUAAUGCUGGGAGCAUCCCAACAGCUUGCCAUAUGUUUAGUGCUAGAGAGUCAAGAUGCUGACUUGAUUACCAGCGACACUAUUUUAUGCUGUUUUGAGAGGGACAAAUACCAACUUCCUUUGCUUCUCUUGAGCUUUAUGCAGUUCACAUUGGUUGCCACCAGGUGGCACAAGAGUUAUACUAGUCAGUGCAUCAGAUAUGUUAGUUUCUCAGAUCACAAUCGGACUAUCAUCUAAAAUAUCCCUUUUAUUUUUAAUUCCCACUGACAUGUUACAGGCAGUCAGAUGCAUAAGAAACUUCAGCCCAAAAUGUGUGUAUAUUGUCAACACAGUUACAAGAAACAUCAAAGGGGGCAGCUAGGUGG